ACGUAAGUCUCCAAAAGAAAGCCUGGUGGAUAUAAAGGGAAAAUUAAGCCGACUGCCUCAGAUGAUUGUGAGAUUACUAAGGGAGAGACUGGCUCAGAAAGCUACCGUUGUGUGCGCACUUAGCACCCACGGAAACACAUUUUUAUUUCCCAGAGGCAAACUUUUGGAACAUCGCUGUUGAGUGCAAGGUUGCAGACAAAGCAAAACAGCCGUCGACAUGAAGGCACAGCUAGCACUUCUUCUAGCCCUGGCCGCAACCGGCUACUGUUAUCCCUCCAGGGAGACGCGAUCUGCCGACUCAGCCUGUAACCCCAACCCCUGCUUCAAUGGAGGCAUCUGUAUGGACAUGGGCGGUUUGUUCAUAUGCGUCUGUGAACCCGAAUACCUCGGAAUGCGCUGUGAAACUCGUGAAACCCCCGUGGCCUUGGAGGAGGAGGAUCCAUGUGCGACCAAUCCUUGUCUUAAUGGCGGACUGUGUUACCGUCAGGAUCGUCAUGGGACGAAUCAUAGACAGUUCUACUGCGUCUGUAAUGGAGAAUUUACCGGCAACUUGUGUGAUGCCCAACUACUGACGUCUGCUGCAUGUGAUGGUAAUCCGUGCCAAAAUGGCGGUGUAUGCUACCCUAAGGCGGACUCGGCGUCUGGCUACGCUUGCCGGUGUAUCGACUCUUAUGGUGGAGCCAAUUGCCAAAUGCUACCAUGUGAUAUGAAUCCAUGUCUGAACGGCGGCGAAUGCUUCUCCGGGUAUAGGAACAGAGGCGACUUCAUGUGUAGAUGCCCCAAAGGGUUUAAGGGUGAACACUGUGAUGUCGGUGACCCAUGCAUGGAUAACCCGUGUGGGGAAGGGAACAUGUGCAAACCGGAGAGUGAUGGCGGCUUCAACUGUAUGUGUCCUUGUUCCCCUGGAAGCACAUGCGUGAACCGACCCAAUGGAGGGGAUGGAGAGGUAGAUGGUGGAGAUUCGGAAACGGGUACAGAAAUACCAGAUGGUGGUGAAACGGACAGCGGCUCGUCUGGUGGCAGCGGUGGCAGCAAUAACAAUGGUGGUGAGAAUUCUAUUCCACAGGUCGGUGGAGGAGCUGGUGGUAGCAUGACAAGUCGAUGCAAUGUUAUGAUGAGACAAACUAAUAGUUGUAACAACCAUGGGUAUUGUCACGAAGAUGGGACUUCGGCAAUAUGUCGAUGCUACUCUGGGUUCCGGGGAGUGACGUGUGCGCAGGUCGAUCCAGGUAGUGGCUCGAAUGGUGGAUCGGAUGGCUCUGGGUCCAGCGGUGGUUCCGGAGCUGGGACGGGAAGCGGUGGUGAUGGUUCUGGUUCUGAUAGUUCUGGAUCCGGAGGUCAGACAGGAACUGGAGGUCAGACAGGAACGGGAGGCGGUAAUACCGGUUCUGAUGGGAGUCCUAUUCCACAGGUCGGGGGAGGAUCAUCAACCGGUGACAUGACAAGUACAUGCAAUGUCAUGAUGCGACAAACUAAUAAUUGCAACAACAAUGGGUACUGCCAUGAAGAUGGCACCUCGGCAAUAUGUCGAUGCUACUCUGGGUUCCGGGGAGUAACGUGUGCACAGGUUGAUCCAGGCAGUGGCUCGAAUGGUGGAUCGGAUAAUUCUGGUUCAGGCGGUGGUUCCGGAACUGGGACGGAAAGCGGUGGUGAUGGUUCUGGUAGCACUGACUCUGGUAGUUCUGGUUCCGGAGGUCAAACUGGAACUGGAAGCGGUGGUACAGGUUCUGGAAGUUCUGGUUCCGGCAGCGGCUCUGGUGGUCAGACUGGAACUACAAGACCAUGCGUUGAAAUGAUGGGACAGACCAACUAUUGCAAUCGCCAUGGGUACUGCGUUGAAGACGGCACGAGUGCUUUUUGUCGUUGUUACGAGGGGUACCGAGGUUCCACCUGUCAGCAUGUUGAUGAUCCGAGUUCGGGAACUGGUUCGGAUGGAGUUUCGGGUGGCGUUGAUGUUGGGACUGGUAACUCCGGAGGUCAAGGAGAUGGAAAUGCCUUGCCUCAGGUUGGACAAGGAUCUGGUACAGGUUCCGGUACAUCCCAGGUGAUUUCUGUACCGUGCGUGGUCAUGAUGAGUGAGACGAACAACUGCAGCAAUAACCAAGGCUAUUGCGUUGAGGAUAAUACCGGUGCAAAGUGUUACUGUCAUGAUGGGUUUGAAGGCGUGAUCUGUAAUCGACGCUCACAAGUUUGAGCUUAAAAUCAGUCGGCGCGAUAUUUCAGAAAUGAGCAUAAGUAGUGUUCUCACUUCUCACUAUAUCAUCCUUUUGAGAGAAUAUAAAAAACUUAGUUAAAUCUGGGGUACGUUCUACUUACGCAAACACUGCUAACGUUUGCAACGUUUGUGCAGGAGGAACAACCGUGUUGGCAAAUUGUUGGCGAACGUGAGCAACAAAGGCUAACAAUUCUUCUCGAAUCGCUUCUUCUUAAUGGCUCUUUUCCCAAGAUAAGUGACUUAAAUGCAGUGAGCUGCCGGAGCUGCAAUUUGCCAUUUUCAACAUCCAAACACUCUAAUAAUUUAAUAACACCGGCGAAAUUUUACUCGCAACCAAAUUUUGAGCCAUUGAAAAUAUCGUUUUUCCCGAUGAUAGUAUCGUCCUAGCGGGUUGGCACGUUCGCAUAACUAUCGUUAACGCCAACGUUCGCGUGAGUAGAACGCACCCCUAUAUUGUAAAAUCUAACAUCUUGCAUUCGUCAAAAACUUAUUAUGGCUGGAAAGUAUCAUUUACGUCAACAAUUAUUUUAAAUGUAAUGUGAUUAUGCAUAGGUAUGUAUAUGGUUAUGCUACUAUCUUCUGCCUGUUAGCAAGUUGAUACUAUACACACAAUGUUGAUAGAAGUUAUGAAGUUAAUACAAAAACUGCUAAUCACGAACUUAAAAAUUUUAUAUCCCGGUGACGGUGGAUCUGAAGUAGUUUUAAUUGAAACGCUAAAGGCAACUUCUUCUUCAGGGAAAACUGAAACUUUGUGUCCAAAGGGAAACGGGAAAGGAACUGAUUUACAUUUUUAUUUCGAAUUAUUAAAGAAGGACAAACCCGGUAUCCCAUCCUACUUAAUAGACUGGUCAGGCUUAAGGAUUAAAGUAACCUUUUAACUUCUAUUAUCUUGUUGUGAUUACAAACAUUGUUAGCCGUACGCUUUAUUACAUUUACACAAUGUAUACAGUAAAUGAAAUCAGAAUAGAGUUUUAUGAUUUUUUUUUUUAGAUUUUUUAAGUUUUGUAAUGCUGGACCAUUUGUAUAUCAUUCUAAAGGUCGAGUCUUUUUAAUUCCUAACUUUUAGCGAGCUGAACCGAAUUUUUAUUUUAUCGAUGGACAACGUUCGCCCAAAAACAUAUGUUGUUUAAAGUCGUUGCCAAAAUCCUUAGUGUGAAAUUUCGCUUCGUGUUGAUGUGACUAUAAAUACUAGGUUGUGCGCUACCAGAAUCGUCCGAGAAACUUGCUUCGUUGGGUAGGACUCGAACCCACGACCUCCUGUUUACUGACUCAGAUGUAUUAAUAAUUGAUCACUAGCUAGUACGGUACUCGCUGUACUAUCGGAAGAUCAUCAGUACUUGUUAGGUCGUAAGUUCGAGUCUUGAAGAAGUAAGCCAGUGAAGUCUUUUUGCUUUGCUUUGUUGGCGUGUUUGUUUGUUUGUUUGUUUGUUUGUUUGUUUUCUGGCUCCCGAAAGCAAUAUACAUCGUUUACCUUGUACCCUAAUCUUCUAUUCAAGAAAUAUCAAUAUGAAUGUACCGUCACCAUAUUUUUAUAUUCCUAUUUGCAAGAAAAUAGACUCACUUUUUGUAUGAAAAUAUAUAGAGCAAAGUUCAUAAUGAUACUUGUAUGUUAAAGUGUGAUAAUAAAACUCUCGCACAAGAA